AUGUCAGAUGGCGGGAAGUCGCGCUCGUCUGCAGUCCAUUUCUUCGCCGGUCUGAGCUCCGGCAUCCUCUCCGCCGUACUCCUCCAACCCGCCGACCUCCUCAAAACCCGUGUACAACAGUCGCGCUCAAGCACGCUUCUCGGCACAAUCCGCUCCAUCGCCAACGGGCCAAAUCCUAUACGCCAGUUCUGGCGCGGCACACUUCCCUCCACACUUCGUACAGGAUGCGGUUCAGCGAUAUACUUCUCCUCGCUCAACGCCCUGCGACGGCGCGCAGCUUUACUCGCAGCGGGUCGUGCUGAUGCAGCAAUCAUGACGGGCGACCACUCGUCCUCCCUCCCAAAACUCAGCAACACCGCAAACCUGGCUACCGGAGCUGCAGCACGAACAUGGGCGGGCUUCAUCAUGAUGCCGAUUACCGUGCUGAAAGUGCGGUAUGAGAGCAGUCUCUACGCAUACACAAGCUUGACGAGCGCAACGAGGGACAUCUACCGCACAACAGGCCUCAAGGGCUUCUUUGCGGGCUUCGGUGUGACGGCCGUGAGAGAUGCUCCAUACGCAGGCCUCUACGUCCUCUUCUACGAACAAUCGAAGCGCCGCCUCUCCGCCCUCGCAACGAAGAUCGAGUCCGCCGACGCUUCCUCGAGCGCCAAACUCUCCUCCAGCACGAGCGCGGGUAUCAACUUCCUCUCCGGUGUCGCCGCCGCCGGGCUCGGCACCACGAUCACGAAUCCGUUUGAUGCGAUCAAGACGAGGAUCCAGCUCAUGCCAGAUACGUAUACGAACUUGGUGCAAGCGGGGAAGAAGAUGCUGAGCGAGGAAGGCCCGAGGAGCCUGUUUGAUGGGUUGGGGAUCAGGAUUGCGAGGAAGGCGGUUAGCAGUGCGCUGGCGUGGACGGUGUAUGAGGAGUUGAUUCGGAGGGCAGAGAGAGGGUGGCAGGAGGUUGAGAGCGCCUCAGCUGCGAAGGUGGAAGGCAAGGUUUGAGGAAGUCACGACGUGUAUAGUAUCCUGUAUCUGCAUGGAAGGCCCGGCGUUCACGGGCGGCUGCAUGAUGGUUGGAAGGGGCGAUACCUCUACCCUGCUCUUGUAUGAAGGACCAGACAUGCAAAGACACACACCUUUUCGAAAGCAUCACUGUCUUUUUCUUGCAAAGAACGCUCACGUUGCAUACUCGAGCAGGGGCCGCAGUUGGGCAGUUCUAUCCAUCGGCCGAACCACGGGUGCCUGGCAGACGUCAAGUGC